AUAAUAGUAUCGGAAAUCCUCUCUUUCAUCCGCCGUCUUGUUGUGCUGUUCCAAACCAACCCCACCCACCACCGAUCUCCACCGCCCGCCACCUGCCGCCGCCGCCACCGCCACCGCCACCACCACCACCAUACGACUAAUCAAUUUUCCACAAGGAAGAACAUAAGGCAUAGUUAUUAUGGUGAAUGGUGAAUAUUCUCACACAGACCCUGGAUCAUCUUCUGCUUGGAUUUUUGAACCAUUCUAGUCUUCCACUACAGGUUUCUUCACUACCUCCUAGUUUGUGCUUAAAAGCCAGCAUGCAGAAGACUGGAAGUUUAUCCAAGAAUGGAUCACUGAGAAUUGCAACUCAGCAGUCUCUUCGUCGGUUGGGUCUGUGCUCCCCAUCACAAACUGGACAACAAACUUCUCCAGUCGUCUUUCCUGAGAAACGCAGUAGAGGGAAAGCCACCAAAAAUCAUGAAAACAGUGUCAAAAAUGAUGAUUCCAAUAGAGCUAAGAGGGAGGAACACCGAAUUGAUGUUGGAGAUGAGAAAUCUAACUUACUUGGAUAUGAAUUGUUCUCUGGGAAACUUUCACUGGACAAGAGAAAAACUAAUCAGACUUCUGUUGUACAAACUGCUGAUAACACAAACUUAGAUGCCAUUGAUGCUAGAUUGACCAGCAAGGCUUUGAUUUGGGGUUCUAAGGUGCUGCAUCUAGAGGAUGUGGUCUCGUUAUCCUGCUGUGUUGGCCUUAGACAUUUUACCGUCCAUGCAUAUCCCGUACAAAAAAGAUCUUGUGGUCUUUUUAUGAAAAGUGGGAGAACUCGGAAAGACUUUCGAUUUUUUGCCCCUACCUCGGAAGAUGCAAUCCAAUGGGUCAAUGCAUUUGCAGAUCAACAAUGCUAUGUAAAUAUCUUGCCUCACCCCAUGGCUUCUAAGAAGCAGAGUUCAGAAUUAAGUUUCAACGAAUUCCCCCCUGAGGCAUAUGUAAGAUGUAAAAUUCCAUCUAAAAUGCUCGUCAUUUUAAAUCCACGGUCAGGGCAUGGUCGUUCAAGCAAAGUUUUUCAAGGAUUGGUUGAACCUAUAUUUAAACUUGCAGGAUUUGAGUUAGAGGUUGUCAAAACAACAUCUGCUGGUCAUGCUAGGAAACUUGCAGCCAGUGUUGAUUUCAGUACUUGUCCUGAUGGUAUUAUAUGUGUAGGAGGUGAUGGUAUUGUAAAUGAGGUUCUGAAUGGUUUACUUAGUAGAGACAACCAGAAAGAAGCUAUUUCAAUCCCAAUUGGAGUCAUACCUGCUGGUUCUGAUAAUUCUUUAGUCUGGACUGUUCUUGGGGUCAGAGAUCCGGUAUCUGCGGCAAUAGCAAUAGUUAAGGGAGGUCUUACUGCCACUGAUGUUUUUGCUGUUGAAUGGAUCCAUACUGGAGCUAUUCAUUUUGGGAUGACCGUCACAUACUUCGGUUUUAUUAGUGAUGUAUUGGAGCUUUCCGAGAAGUAUCAGAAACGAUUUGGCCCUCUACGAUACUUUGUUGCCGGUGUUCUGAAAUUUUUGUGCCUUCCAAAGUACAGCUAUGAAGUAGAAUAUCUUCCUGCAAGGAGAGAAGCAGGUGAGGGACAGGAUCCAUCCGAUCGAGAAGUUAUAGACAUGUCAGAGCUCUACACAGACAUCAUGCGGAGAUCUAGCAAGGAAGGGCUUCCUAGGGCCUCCAGCCUGUCGAGUAUUGAUUCAAUAAUGACCCCAAGCCGGAUGUCGGGUGCUGAUUUUGAUAACAACAAUGGCAGCAAUGAACCAUCAGAAUAUGUACGUGCUAUUGAUCCACAAUCCAAAAGACUAUCAGCCGGAAGAAGUAAUGUAACAUCUGAACCAGAAGUUGUCCAUCCUCAAAUGCCGCAUUCCGUCACACCUAGCUGGCCCAGGACGAGAUCCAAGUCGAGAAGGGAGAAAGGUCGGGGUGGAUUGACUGCAAAGAAUGAUCCCACCCGGGCUUCCUGGGCGAAUACAAAUACAUAUGAUAAAGAGGACAUUUCAUCGACAAUGUCUGACCCUGGUCCAAUUUGGGAAUCCGAGCCUAGAUGGGACUCUGAGCCGAACUGGAACCUAGAAAAUCCCGUUGAACUGCCAGGUCCAGUGGAUAGCUCAGAAACGGGCGAUAAUAAGGAAAUUAACCCAACAUCUGAAGAAUCUUGGGUGUCCACUAAGGGGCCAUUCCUUGGUGUCCUGGUGUGCAACCAUUCAUGUAAAACCGUCCAGAGUUUGAGCUCGCAAGUGGUGGCUCCUAAAGCCGAACACGAUGACAACACCUUGGAUCUGUUGCUCGUUCGAGGGAUUGGACGUUUCAAACUGCUGAGAUUCUUCCUGCGUCUACAGAUGGGCAAACACCUCUCCUUGCCGUAUGUCGAAUAUAUUAAGGUGAAGUCCGUUAAAGUUAAACCUGGAAAGCAAAUGACCAAUGGAUGUGGCAUCGAUGGCGAGCUAUUUCCUGUGAGUGGUCAAGUGAUCUGCUCAUUGCUCCCGGAACAAUGCAGACUUAUCGGCCGUCCUCCAUCUUCCAGAAACUGAUUGCUGUCAGCAUUGUCAUUGUAUAUGCAUCAUAUGAAUGUUACACUCAAACUGGUGGUUUGAAACUGAAAGAGUUUACGGUACUUCUGCAAGAUCUCCUUAUGUUUUUCCCUGACGGGGUAUGAGGUUGGUGUAAAUUUUAUUUUUCUUCAUUCUUUUUUGUUUUUUUCUAAAUUAACUCUCUGGACUCAAUUGCCACUUAUGUUUUGUGUCUCUCCAAACUGGUUCGGUAUCGAAAGCCCUCUCGAGGAUACUUUUAUGUCA